UAGUUUGUAGUAUGAAUUGGUUCGUUGUUGUUCUGAUGGGACGCCGCGUGAUGACGUGUGUUUGUUUUUAAAAGUGUGUUGUUUGAAUCUGCAUCAGAUCACUCUUCACUCUUCAGCGUCAGAGCACUUCCUGUUUUAGAUGGAGACCCUUCAGCCGCUGUAUGGUGACCAGUGUGCACCUGAACAAGCGUUUUCAUCUCUUUCACAAUCAAAUACACAUCGAGGGUCCGCAGAUCCGCGUCCAGAGGAGCCCAACGCAGAGGUCACUGAUGCUCCUCAUCGAGGCUUCCAGCCAGCAUCUUUAGAUCCGGGACCCUCGGUCUCCUCAAACACCCGUCCUUCAUCUCCAGCUCACGUUCAUAACACCAGACAUCCUCCGAACCGUCUGCACGUCCCCACACCAGUCCAUCAGGAGACCGCUCCUCCUUUAAAUAUCAAACCAGUAGCUCUUUUUGCAGAUAUGAACCCGUCUUUUCACAUACCUCAUGUCUAUCCUCACAUAAUGCCUCAUUUUAACCCCUCGUGGCCUGUUUUGGUGCCUCACUUGGGCCCUAGUAUUCUCAGUAACGCUUCAGGGCCUCGUCACAAUCCCCUCUGCCCCCUUCACGCACCUCAGCCGUUUAGAGCAAGCUUCUCCGCUCUCGUGGCCUGUGAAGAGCCCUGCUCUCGAGUGUUUGGAGCACAUCUGAACGUCUGCUCUGCCCGCGCCCCACACCUGCGGAGGAUCGGGACGGAGGCAGAGCUCCAGGAGCGCUUCAGACGCUGGCAGAGACUCACGGAGACGGCGAGGCCCUUCUGCUCCAGCGGUUCAGACGCCGAGGCUCUGGCCUGCCUCUUCACGCGUGUGCUUCCCUCUCUCUCCGUUCACCGUCCGGAUCUGCCGUUCUCUGCUGCCGUGAACGCAGCCGUCCACGAGUGGAGGAACAUCUCCGUCUCUGAACGGCAGACGUACUACAACACCGCCAGGAUGUUCACGGAGAUGGAAAAACAGGACAAGAGCACCAACAGAGAUCCAACAACUCCUCAGACAGACAAACGCAAAGGUCCACACACGCAGGGGAAGAAAACAGGUAAGGGAUCGAAAAAGGGCGUCCAGGGUCUCGCCGAGGGCGCGCUGGCCGAGUACUCACAGCUCAUGGACGCUCUGGAGUCAAAGGUCAGCGAUGGGUCAGAGGUCACAGCAGCUGAAGAGGAGGAUGUGUGCGCGCUGUUCCUCAACCAGCUGCUCGACGAUACGACUGAGGCUGGUUUGGACAUGGACUACAUCAGCUCUCUGCUCUCCGCAGACGAUGCCCAGGACACGCUUCCCAGGAGGAAUCCCGAGCCAGUCGCUGGAUGCUCGGAUUGGACUUCUGAAGCUCAGAUUUUGCCUCCGUCCGCUGUCCAGCAGGAUUACAGCGCCUCUGACGGCACAAAUCACAUGAUGGAGAACGUAUCAGCGCCAGUUCAGGAUAACAUCAGUGUGUUUCAAACAUUAACUCAACCUCUGCUGCUGAAUCACGAGGGCCAGAGUUCCCAAACGGAUCCAAACGCUUCAGUUCAAGAAACUCCUCGUCCUGAUCCUGAUCUUCAAGACUUUAGUGCAGAAGCUGACGGAAACCAAAAAGAUGUUGCUGAACUUGAUUCCACCACUCCAUCCAACUGCUUCAGUCUUCAGAACUACAAUUCCCAUCAUGCAACAUUCCCCAAGCAUGACCCAGAACCACCAAAAACCCCUGUGGAUGAGCACGACGGAGAGAAAAACACGGUAGUUGGGCAAAAAACAGAGAAAUGCAUGCAUGUAGGACGUGCAAAAGACAACAAUAACAUGGAUUCAGACACUCCCGUAGAUUCCCAGAGAACGAGAAGCGUUUGUACUACACAGACAGUGCCCAACAUUCAGGAAAAUAAUGUACACAAAAAUAAAAAACACAAGAGACGACGCAAGCACCAAAAGAUCACGCUGCCUGUCGCAAGAACGACAUCUAAAUUGGACGAUAAAGACGAAAGGAGGUUAAAAAUGGCUGAAAACGGACUUAGAAAGACUCAACGAAAAUCAGCAAUGAAACACGGAGCACGAGCGCAAGAAACAGAUUCAGAAAUAAUGAAGAAAGCAGAAAUACAGCAGCGUGUGAACAGAGCCGAGACGAGGUCCUCACAUGAUGCUCAGAUCAGGAAAACUAGAGGAGAACAUUUGGAGGAUGAAUUUGAGAGGCGAUUAAAAACAGUCAGACGAGAUGCAGAGCAGCGAACAGCGACGUCCAGAAAAACAGCUAAACUUGUCGGUCGAAGAGGACCGUGCUGAUUUUCAUCGCAAAGUGUGACAACUGUUACGAAGAUGAGAGACAUAAUAAACCAUAAAAACAAACCA